AUGUCCCUUAGCCUUGAGGCUUCUUGUAUACUCACCGAGGUUGAAGAUUAUGUUCUACCUACUUUCCAUAAUUUGACCCAUUUGAGGCUUGGUGCGGAAAGCGGUUCUUGCUGGAAUUGGGAUUUGCUUAAGGAUUUUCUUCGGUGCUCACCUAAUAUUGAAGUUCUUAUUCUUGAGCGAACAAGAAUCCUUGAUUCAGCCAAACUAUGGAGACCACGUCCGCAAGUGCCCAGUUGUUUGGCAUUGCAUCUCAGGGAAAUCGAGAUUCCACAAUUUGAUGGAAAAGAAUACCAGCUUGAUCUGAUAAAAUAUUUGCUGGAAAAUGCCAAAGUUCUGAAGAAGAUGACGAUUGGUUAUCUCGAUUCAAGUAGCUGUGUUUGCAACCUAUCAGAAAAACUAAAAGAGUCCGGUAGCUGUUUUUGCAGGGCAUUUUCAGCAUUUUCAAGGGGCUCAAAGACUUGUGAACUUAAUAUUCGUUGCCGAAAUUAGGUGAGAAUUUGCGUUGCUGUAAGAUAAGGAUAACAGUACUGAGGGAGCUUCUUGGAGAUGAUAUUCGUGCUGGGUUGCAGGUCAAUCCAGAAUUCAAGCGCCAAUCUUUUCAACCUUCUGUUGCUUUCCGUACCACUUAUGUUUCAGCUUCCUGUGCUCAUGCUAAGGAUUCCUCUUUAUCUUUGCUGUUUCUGGGUGGUGUUGGAGCUGAUGGAGUGAGUUGAUGUUUCCUAGUUGUGGUAACUGUUGUAUGCAUCUCUGGGGUGCUCCUAGUCUAUCUUUGUUUUUUCUUUUUGUGUUGUCGGGUAAGCUAAUUCAAGUAUAUCUUUGUGGUUGGUGU